GAGACCAGCUGAUUGCAAACCAUUUCACAUGUUUAUACGGCGCAAUUUUGUUAUUAUUUAACGUUUUCUGAAUAAGCCACAUAUAAACCACCAUGUAUCUAAACCAGCUCCCGCGGGCACAAUGGAAGUACCUGCAAUAUCUUUUACAAGUGCGUCAGCUUCAGCUCCUCAGGAGGCACAUAAACAUUGGCGCAAAACCACCCAUACAAACAGCGAAUCGGCUGCCGGCAAGAAGACGCGUGCACCUUAUAAAUGGAGAUCUCCAGGACAGAUUCGUUGCAUUUCGGAAUCAGGAUGCCCUUCUCAACAGGCUGAAGGAGGCAAAGACGACUGACCAGCUUUUGGAACUGUUGAAAAGCAGCGACAACCUGCAGGGUGCCCAUGUGGCGGAGGUGAUUUCCCUGCUCUGGCAAUCCUAUCAAUGCAUGGACCAGCUGGAAAAAGAGGCCCUCACUGAGCGCGUGCUAAAGGAAGCGCUGCCGAUGCUGGUUCCUCAUAUAGGCCAACUGGAGGUCAACGAUCUCAGUCGAUGCUACCUAUACCUGCGGAAAAUGCACAUAUCCAAUUCCGAGCCAGUCGUGGAAGCUGUGCUAAUGAGGGCUCUUGAACUGAUCGAGGGUCAAGUUCAUGGUGAGGCCAUUCCCUUGACUGCUCUGUCCCGCCUUUCGGUAGGAAUAAACCUGGAACGCGACUUCUUUACCCCACUCGUGUGCAUUAACUUUGUGCCACACCUGGACAAACACAUAUGCCAAUGCCACAGCGAAGAACAGGUGCGUCUUCUGUCUACGUGCCUUUUCCAGCUGCACUUUCUAGUCGACGAUGAGCUGCUUUCGCGCUUUAAGGAGCGAAUAAGUGAAAUGCUGCAAAGUGGCGUUCUCAGCAGCAAAACCCCAAAGGCUCUACUCAAGGUGCUCCACAUGCUAAAUAUUCCAUUGUGGUCACAGCAUCACACCCAAUUGAUUCGGGAGGUAAUGCUGGCCUUGCGACCCUGCAUCCACCAGAUGGAGUCCGCGGAUCUAAAGAGCAUAUGCCGCGCCUUUCUUCACCAUCAGGAGCCCGCUGCACUGAGAGAGCCCCUCAAGGAAGCCACGGAGAAGCUGCUGCAGGAAGAAAGCACGGCUGACGCCCUGUCCUGCGCAGUUCCUUUUGCAACGCCACUGCAAAGGGAUAAAUGUGCACAACUUUUUCGGACUCUACUGUACUCCGAGGAUGCAUGGCUUCUCCCCAAUGCGAGCGGACACUUUUUCAGUGUUCUUCGUGCAUUGAAGAUCUCGGACUUAGGAAUAUGCAAUACAUACUGGUCGGGUGUUAUACGGGAGCUGGAGUCCUGCCAGGAGGAGCAAACGCAUCUCCGGUUUUUGAGACACUGCCAGCGCUACAUGAACUUCAAUAACAACCUGGGCGGAACCUACCGUCAUUUCGAACUGGAACGAAAGUUGAGUCGCAUGUGCAUGAAGGCCGUGGAGGAGGACAUAGCGGGCAGGCUGCCGCCGAAGUUUGCGCGCCUGGCAGCCUUUGUGCUGGCCUACGGACAGACUCCGUUAGCCUGGAAAAAGUUCCCCAAUAUUCUGCUUAGCAAGAUGCUUGCCAUGGCUCCUCAGUUUGCCAUCCAGGAUUGCUUUCUUCUCAGUCGAGGAAUGCAAAUAGCCUGCGAAUUGAGGUUUCGGCAGCAUCUUCCGUCACUUGCUGCCAUGCAGCUGUCUACAAUGGACAGCAUCCUCAUCGACUGUGCGGAGCGGCACUUAGCCAAUGCCGAGAAGGAUCCGCUGAGUGCCAAUGACCUCAGCAUGAUUGUGAGAACACUCAGUCAUCGCAAGACUCUAAAAAACACGAUGGUGUACAACCAAGCGCUGUUGCAGUACAAAAGUCUUCACUGCAAAGAUCUCAGUUCCAGGGUGGUUCGAGACAUGGCCUACAACUUUAACGCAUCGCAUUUCUUUGUUCCCGAGCUUUUGGAGUCCAUGUUCGACUAUAUUUCCGAACAGCAUAGUCACAUUACCGGCGACACAGUAGAGAAAGUGUUAACUUGUUCUUAUAAUUUAGGCUAUACACCUGCCUCCCUAGAAGCUUUGGAUCAUGCAUCUGGAGUGUUGAUAAGAGACUUUGAGCAGAUGAGUGGAUUGUCGAUUGUCCAAGCAUGUCUAGCGUUGUGCUUCUACAAAUCCAUACAUGAGCAGCUGAUAAAUCAAAUAUUUUGCGUGAAGUUCAUUCAGCGCAUUGAGGAUGAAAUUCAGGUCUGCUACUCAAAGGCGACCUAUCCGGAACGGGUCCUUAACCUAGUUAUGCAGCUAAAUCGCACUGUGUGCCUGGAUUUUCCCGAGGCGAAUGUUCCCUGGUUUCAGCAGAACUACAUAGAGGCUCAGCUUAGCAAAAAUUCCUUGUUUACAAGUGGACCCACCAAAGAAGUUAAGCAGCUGCUGCAGAAGCUUCUUCAGAAUGAUAAUCAUUUCCGUUGCAAUCACACCACUCCUUACGGCUACCAAAUAGACUUCGUGAUACACUUCGAUCGGAAUAGGAAACCCAUCCCAGCACCUCCCGUGGAGGCGACCAUGUUGGACCGCAUAACGAAGGUGGCAAUACUUCUGCUCAAAUUUGACUCAUUUUGCGAGAACGAUUUAACUGCUUUGCGAGGCCCGGAAUCUUUGAAGAUGAGACAUUUAGAAAUGAUGGGCUACAAGGUAAUGCAAAUAAACAUACACGACUGGAACUCCAAGUAUAUGGCAUCGUCAAAAGCCAAAGAAAACUACCUUAAGUGCUUGUUAAAAAUUUCACAUUAGUUUUGAUUAAAGGUUACGUUAAGUUUAAGAUACAAAAGUAAAAGUUACAAAAGUUUAUUAGAUGUAUGUAUACAAAUUAUGUUUUGUAUUGUAAAUUGCAGUUAGAAUAAUAAUUGAACAAAAUGUUGAAUGUA